GUCAUUUGACAUUACGUUACUUAGAGGAGAAAUGUAUAAAAGAUUACGAUGCCACAGCUAGAGCAUCAGUUGCCCAUCAGCCACGAACUAAUCAAAAUGAAAUCGAUCAUCCUUGUUGCCCUCGCCCUCGUGGCCGUCGCCGCUGCCAGCCCCGUUGAUAACCCACCCGCAGCCAUCGUCCGGUCUGAAUUCAACCAGGACCCUCAGGGCUCCUACAACUUCGGUUUCGAGUCUGAUGACGGCAUCUCCCGGUCGGAGACCGGUGAGCUUAAGGAAGCUCUUGAUGAGGAGAACAAGCCCCACACCGUUGUCGUAGUCCGUGGCAGCUACAGCUACACCGACAAGGAAGGCAAGCCCGAGACCAUCUCCUACUACGCUGACGAGACCGGCUACCACGCUGAGGGACCCUCCGUCCCCAAGCCCGUCGAGAACUAAGCUGCCCUGACCACUCACCGAUGAAUAACCGAUAUAUUCUUAGAUGAUUACACGAUGUACGAGCUCUGUGGCUCAUUGUCACAACUCUCUGUUCUCUUUAAUACUUGACGCUCACUGCCAUUUUUUAUUGUUGUUUUGAUGACGAUACAUGAUUAAAAGUUCAAUUGAAUUUUAAA